AUGCCCAAGAGAAAGACAACAGCAGAGGAUGCGCCGGUCAAGGACCACAAGAUGCGCGACGACGACGAGUCGAGCAGCGAUGACGAGGAUAUGAUCGAUGUAGACUUUGAAUGGUUCGAUCCUCAACCUGCCGUCGACUUCCACGGCCUCAAGACGCUGUUGCGCCAACUCCUCGACGUCGACAACGAACUCUUCAACCUGUCCGCCCUGUCAGACCUCAUUCUCUCCCAACCCAUGCUCGGCAGCACCGUCAAAGUCGACGGCAACGAAAGCGACCCCUACGCCUUCCUCACAGUCCUAAACCUGCGCCAACACGCUCAAAACCCCGUCAUCGCCGAGUUAACCUCCUACCUCUCGCGCAAAGCCUCUACCAUCCCUAGCUUGUCUUCAUUACCUUCUCUACUUGCCGCAGAUUCAAAGGCAGAGGUUGGUUUGAUCUUGACAGAGCGCUUCAUCAACAUGCCCUCCGAAAUCGUUACACCAAUGUACACAAUGCUGCAAGAAGAAAUCCAAUGGGCGCUUGACGAAAAAGAACCCUACAACUUUACGCACUACCUCAUCCUCUCAAAAACCUACACAGAGGUAGAAUCAAAACUCGACGCACAAGAAUCGCGACCUACGAAAAAGGGAAAGCAGCAAAAGGCAGAUGCCAUGACGUUUUACUUCCACCCUGAGGAUGAAGCGCUGCAAAAGUUUGGUGUCGGACACGGUAAUUUUGAUCAUGAUAAGGUUGGGGAGGAGGGUGCUAGUGAUGCGAAGAGGGCUUUCCAGGAGGCUGGUAUUAGGCCGCAGGGACAUUUGAUCCUCAUCGAGGCUGGAAAGUUCAACGAUGCUAUCAAGGGUGUUGGCGAGUAUUUGUCUGGCAACUAG